AUGGAAUCGUAUAAAGAUUAUUAUAUGGAUCCAAACUUUCUACCUCAGAAAGUUACAAUGGUCCAGCUACGGGAAAUCCUAGAUACGCAUAAUAUAAGUUAUACUGGAAAAGAAAAGAAAGCAGGUCUUAUAGAAAUAUUUAAUACAAAUAUUCGACCUCUUAUACCAUCUUUACGAGAAAAAGAAAUGAAAAAUCAGCUUAAGAAAAAUAUAGCUACAUCGUCUAUAACAUCUGCGUCAAUGAAUAUUGACUAUUCUAAGAUUAAUGAUGAAAACACUAAUGUUCGAAAUAAAAUGAUAUUUUAUACGUUUGGAAAUUUUAAUCCAAUCGAAUUCAUAACAUCACAAUUAUCACUACAUAGACGGACAAUUAUUAUUUACACAACAGUUUUUAUAAUGUUUAUAUUUGGUUCGUUAACCAUAUACAAUAUACCAAUUGGUUAUAUUCAAUCUAAAAUGGUUUCUGGCUUCUGCGAUAGUCAAUUAUUAGAGAGCAACGAGACUGUUUGUGUUCCCUGCCCACCCAAUUCUCAUUGCUCGAAGGGUAAGAUCACUUCGUGCGAUGAAAAUUUCAUGUUAGCAUCCUCUUCAAUUCACUGGCUCAAACCUUUCACCAGUAGAUGUAUACUUGAUCUUAAGCAUGCGCGUAAGGUUAAAAAAUAUACCGAACUGCUUAAACAUAUUGCUAUAAAAGAAAACGGAAAUAUUGAAUGUGAGAGUGGUUAUCGUGAAAAUUUAUUAUUUAAGAAUCUCCUUACUCGACUCCGUAACGAGAAAUUACCACUUCAGGAUACGGACAAAAAUUUCGAAAUUUUCUCCCAACUUGCACUAAAAAAUUUAAGAUCAGAUGAUGAUAUUAAGGUUAUCGAUGAAAAAUG